CAAGUCAUCACCUAAAAAGCAGCAGAGAGGUUAGCGUAUCUGGGCGAAGGGAGAAAGAAUAAUAUCGACCGACGGACAUGGCGGCGGCGUUCCGGCGACUGCUGCUACGCGGGCUUCAGGCCAGCCGCGGCGCGGCAGCACCCGCUCCUGGCGGUUUAUCUACCAGGACAUACACCGGAGGCAGCCACGUUCUUCAGGGUCACCGGCCGCCGGUCCGAUUGCCGCAUCUCGGCGUCGCCGACCCGCCGUAUCUUGGUCAGGCGGACGAGUUUGUGGAGGCGAUGAAAAGGAGCCGGAGUAUCGAUUGGAAGCAUUUCAAGGGAGUGGUGACGGGCGGUAUGAUCUUGAUAGCGGCGCCCUGGAUUGUCAUCUGGCCCUUUAGGGCCGACGUAUUCCGGACAAAAGACCCUUCGUACGAGUCCAAAUAGAGAUUUUUAGGGUACGAUUUACAUCAGACGAUCUACAGUUGCUUAGCUGGCUAUUUUAGGCAUCUUACAUUGGUAUGUGAUUUUCAAUUUUCAAAUUCUUAAGUCAUCAUCCUCCCACCAUUC